UUUCACAAGCAACCCCAUCAUUGCUGGUCAAAGUAUGCUGGUCAUUUAUAUGGGGAACCUGGAUUCUACUAGUGCCAUAAAACUUUUGAGGAAGCAGCUGCAAACCAAGAACAUUUAGAGAGAGCCAGACUAAAGGCAUCCAUAAGAAUGCAUAGCUACAGUGUCCCUGAAGAGCAGCAGACAUCCCCAGGGAAAUUGUACAAUGUAAAUGUAUUUCAUGAAGAUGAUGACAUUGACAUAGGUGUAGUCCUUACAGCUGAUGAAGGUUCACAGUGUGACCCUGAUCCUCUUCUCCAAGAGAAUGUCUUGUUAAAGGAGGAAAACAUGCUUCUGAAUGAAAAGCUGCAUAAACUGCAAUGGGGUGUAAACAAAAUUAAAGAUGAUGAUGUUGCAACAAGAUUCUACACCGGGUUGCCCAGCUUCCCUGUUUUCCUCUGGCUGUACAAUUUCCUACUUCCAAAGGCAAGAUCUAUGACCUAUUGGAUUGGUGAAGGUACGUCUGAGACAGGAAGGCGGAGGCCAAAUAAAAGUACUCUUCCUCUCAUUGAUCAGUUGCUGGCCGUUCUUAUGCGUCUGAAGGUUGGGCUCUUAGUAACUGAUAUUGCUGAACGGUUUGGAAUCUCAACAUCAAGAUUUUCUUCUAUUUUCACGACAUGGAUUUGUCUUCUUCAUGCAGAGCUCAGUGCUCUGAAUAAGUUUCCCUCAAGAGAAAAAAUUGCAUCUUGUUUGCCUGAAUGCAUGAAAAAGUUUCCAAAUUUAAGAGUAAUUCUUGACUGUACUGAAAUAUAUAUUCAGAAAUCAUCAAGUUUAGUUAACCAGAAUUUAACUUUUUCAAAUUAUAAACAUCAUACAACAAUGAAGUUUUUGAUAGGAAUUUCACCUGCUGGAGUUAUUUCUUUUGUGUCAAAUGCAUGGGGUGGGAAAACUUCAGACAGACAGAUGGUUAUUGAUAGUGGGUUUUUGGAUUUAUUAGAACCAGGUGAUAAUGUAAUGGCCGAUAAAGGUUUUACAAUGACAGAUUUACUGCGAGAAAAAGGUUGUACUUUAAAUAUUCCAGCAAAUAAAAAUGAUAUUAUCAUCGUUCCUAAUGCUAACAAAUCAGCUCAGUUCUCGGUAGCUGAUGGGAAAGAAAAUCGUACCUCAGACUCUUGCCUUAUCAGCAUCAAAUUCAUAUUUCUACAUCCUAUAUUCUGUCCCGUCUUUAAACAAACCAGAGCAAAUCAAAGGUGUCAUCGGUUAAACUUUAUCGAUGUUCGUCUCGAUUACGUUUCAUUUCCACAUCGCGACAUAAAGUAUUCCUACGCUGUAUACAGAAAUUCCGGAUUGUAUGGAGGCUUCAAAGAGAAAUAA